AAACCUCAAACAACCUGAUAGAGAUUUUGUCUUCUGCUGCCAACAUUUUGAGACACUGAGACAGGGUUCCGGAUCUGACCCUGAGAACUGCAUUUUGGCAUUUAUUUCAGCGGGAUCACUGUGUGCUCAGAGAUGCCCGUUAAAACAGUUUUACAGGACUAAAUCAGAACAACUGCUUUUCCAGACGCGCUGGCUCCCUUCGCAGGCAAGACACCGCUGAGCAGGGACGCGCCGGGCUCUGGAGCGCCUCUUCAGGGUUCCGAGGACCAGGGGCGGUGGCAGCCGGUUUGCGAGCAUCACUGCGGGCGUGCGGGGUGCUCAACGCCCACACCCUUUCUGCAUCCCGACGGGGCGGCCAAGCGGCCCAUGCGUAACCCGCCCGGGAGGGAGACCAGCCGGCCCAAGCGUCCGCCAAUAAAGGGGGCGGCCCCCGCGGGCGUGCAAAAAGCAUUCGGCAGCGCGGGGGUCCGCGCAAGUCUCCGCAGAGCAGGGGGGCCCCGGGAGCCGGCCAGGACGGGGCAGGGUCUGCUGCGUGCGGGCAAGGUGGGGACCAGGGCGACGGGGGGCAGCGCGGUGCAUUGUCUGCCCGGGGCUGCGCGGGGAGCCGAGCUGCCCGUGCGUGGCUCCUGGCUGGAAGUGAAACGCGCCCCGGCUGCUCCUUUUUCUUUUUUCAGUCCUUUUUUUUUUUUUUUCCUUUCCCUGAGCCUCCAAAAGGCUCCCUCGCCCCUUUCAUCUGCCGCCGCGGCCCAAUGGGAAGGCGGAGGCUGCCUGCAAGUGGUCUAAUCUCAAUGAGGUGUCAAUCAUGUUCCCCGGUGGGUGAAGUAAGGUCUUUUGUAACCGCCUCUGUCUUUGGGAAAGAGAGGAGAGAGAAGGAAGACUGGAGCGAAGAGGGGGACGCCGGACCGUGCUGCAGGAGAGGAACUGAGAUUUGAUCUCGCUUGUGCGUUCGCAGGGAGAAGCGGAGCACAUGGAUUUCUAAACACGCUGGGAUUUUAUGUAUCUACAAAAAUACCAACAAGCGAAUCUGACCCUUCUGAAAACAGUCAAAUGAAUCGUAAUUGCAGAUCAAUGCAGAGAGAUGGGGAAACUUCACUCGAAACAUGCUGCCGUUUGUAAACCCAGAGAAAGUCCAGAAGGCGAUAGUUUUGCGGUGAACGCCUCUCUGGCUCGCAAAGGGCUGGAGGACUGGAUGGUGAAGCAGAAAUACUCCGGGGGCAGCAGCAGCGGAGGCAGCAGCUCAGGACUCCAGCAGGGCUGCCAGCACCGGGCUGUUUGCAGGAUCUCCAGCGCCAGGGAUUUAUCUGGGGAAGGCUACAGAGACACUAUUGCUGAUGAACACUUUCAUCUAGAAGUGGCUUUGCCUCCAGAGAAGACAGAUGGAGUUUGCAGUGGAGAUGAAAAGAAAGCAGAAAAAGAAUCUGACACUCGCACAGCAUCCAAGAAGCAACUGAAAUUUGAAGAUAUUACCAGCUUGCUUCAUACCAUCUAUGAGGUAGUUGAUGCAUCAGUAAACCAUUCUCCUAGUUCCAGCAAAACUCUGCGAGUGAAACUUACUGUGGCACCAGAUGGCAGUCAGAAGAAAAAGAGUAUCUUGUUAAAUCAUACUGAUUUGCAGAGUGCCAGGCAUAGAGCUGAAAGCAAAGCUAAUGACGAAGUAAGAAGCUCAGAGAAGAAGCAACGGGCUUCUCUCAGAUAUCACCAGAGCGAGAACAAUCCAGAACAAAGUGGGUGCUAUCGUCAUUGCGUUGAUGAGAACAUUGAAAGGAGAAACCACUAUUUGGAUCUUGCAGGAAUAGAAAACUACACAUCCAAGUUUGGACCAGGAUCUCCUCCAGCAGCUCAAAAACAUGACCCACCAAGCAGAGUUGUGAAUCAGACUAGAUCCCGUUCUCAUGAACCUGAAACCUUCCAUGCUCACCAUAGGAAAUCUCAAGUGGUAGAUCCAAGCCACAUCAAUCUGGCUGAAAGUUCAUAUGCUAAGAUUGCAGAAAUCCAACAGAGGCUUCGGAACCAGGACUCAAACAAGCACUUUGUGAGGUCUCCCAGGGCCCAGGGCAAAAACAUUGCCCCUGUGCAUCCUGGAAGGGCUGUUAGAAAUAAACCUUUUCAAGGGGCACCCAUGCCAGUGCUUUCCCCAACUGCACGGGUGGGCCAGAAUCUUCCUUAUCUCCCCUUGCAAUCUCAACAAGUUCAUAAGAAGCAUAAGCAGAGGGCAAAGGAGAAUCACCAAAUGUGCAAAAGUUUCCAGUCUCCAGGGACAGUUGUGGAAAAGGAACAUGUGAGAGACCUGCCUACAGUCAUUUUAUAUGAAGGCCAAGUUGGACAAAUGAUACAAAGACACGAACACCACCACCACCACGAGCACCACCACCACUACCAUCACUUCUACCAGACAUAGAAGAGACCCCACCAACAUCCUCCAAAAAUCAUCACAUAUGAAGGAAAUACUUUCUUGUGAUAACAGAACUAAGGCAUUACUAUGAUUAAUGUUGUUGUUACUCCAUUAAUAUUCACCUAGCGUAUAUUCUAGAGGUUGUAUGGAACUCUUGAAACUUACCCUAUUUAUAUGUUGUGGAGCUACAUAGCUUGCUUAAACACCUUGUGGACCUUUAUUUUUAAGUGGCUUGUAAAACAGCAAACAGCCAUAGCUUUCUGAGUUAUGACUUAAUGCACUUCUUUACAAGUACUACUUCCACUGUAGUAGGAAAGAUACUUCAAACACUAUUGCAGACAUCUAGCUUACCACUCUGCUGUAUGUCAGCUGAUCGCACACAAGCCUUCUUUCAGGGGAGCAAUGUUCGAAGGGUUGGACUCCAGAGAUACUCAGAGUAAUGGAAAAUACAAACAGCUGCUACCUCUAGUAUUAUUCAGAUUUUAUUUUCUUUUUAUUGAUUGUAAUGUGCUACAGAGGGGGUUUAAUAUACUGCAUUCACGUAGCCUGUUUGUGCUCGCAUCCUUUCAAACUGAUUCUCUUCAUAAUUACAAGGAAAUACUAGCUAUACUUGUCAACAGAGCUACAUUUGUAUGACUUACACCUUACUGUCUUGGAGAUUCUUCACCGACUCAAGUACAGUCUGUUACAUACUGGGUAAUACUUAAAUAUACUGUUUAUUUGUUUGUUUUUCUCUUGCUGUCUUUCCAUUCUGUAUGGGGUAACCAUUUGAAAAGAGGAGGAUGUGAAAUGGGGCUUUCAAAAGCAUCACUAGACUUCACUGCUUGGGCCCAUAAGUGUCAUUCUUGGGGGUUUGAGAAGGAGAGGGGUUGUUUGGGGGGGGGUUGUUUUGUUUAAAUCCACAGUUCUUUGUUUUGAGAAAGAAUUGAGGAAAAUAUACUUUCUCACUUUAAAUGUUGGCAAAUAGAUAUAAAAUAUAAAUAUGAAUAUAUAUAUAUAUAAAUAUGCACACUCUCAGGUACAUUUUGUUGUGUUUUAAAAAUCUGUGGUUUGAUUAUUAGCAUUAUAAUAUUUUUCCACAACAGUGACUUUUUAGAAACAUAUUCCAUGGCAUUUUCUUAGAUGCCUCCAGUUUAAAUUUCCCCAGCACCUACCGAUUUGUGCUGCUCCCAUUUCAAAGACAAGUCAGCAUGUAAAAAAGUAUCAUUCGCAGUCAUUCUGGCCUUUUUCUAUAUCAAGGGGCUUCCAUUCCAUGAAGGACAAUUAGACCAUGCUCACAAGACCUGGCUGCUGAGAAAUGUGAAGGUCAAAAGCAAAUUGGAUAAGUGGAAAAAAGGGUCAGUACACAAAAAUUUUACUUUCUGUGGGGCCCAGAUUUGUAAUACAUUCAGCUGGGGCUUGUACAGUUCACCUUUUUGGAAGCAGGAAGUGACUGAAAAGCACCCAGCAUUGCUUUUGGAACACUAGAGAAGUCCUCACAUAGAAAACCAUAAUGGUUCUUUGAACAUAUUUGCUUUUGGGUUUAAUUAUUUUAAAUGUUGUGGAAUUUUGUCUAUAGUAUAUAUUGUAAAAUGUAACUAUCCCACAUUGUUAUAAGCCCUUUACGAUUAGGGUCUUUUUUUCUGACUAGAGUUUUGAUCAGUCCUAAAAGGGUCAUUCCCUAGCAGCUGACCAGUUUUAGGGGGACAUUGUCCUUUCCAACAACAUGGAGAGAUCAGCUUUUAAAAAGAAGUAGAAAGCCUUGUCUUCUUGUGGAAUUGGAAUAGAAUCACUUCUUUGUGGCAGUCAGGUCCACCUCUUGUCUCCCUGGAACAGCAGUUGUUAGAUUUGUUGUCCUCUUUAAAGAAUCUGGUUUAUUUUGGGAUUUUUUUUGCUGUUAACAACACACUCUGUUAAAUUUGGGGAAAAAAUGUUUUUCAAAGUAUUUUAUAUGUGUGACAAUGAUACUGUUCUGUUUAUUUUUAAAGUUCCUAAAAUCCAAAAAUAUUUAUAUGCAGAAUUUUCUGUAUUGCAAAAAUGAAAAGGCCACAAAUUUGGUUAGUUACCACUGAAUUGUUCUAGUCUAAGCCUUUUUUGCUGCUUGUGUAUCAUUCUUUUUCAAUAUGUAUAUAUUAUUAUUAUUAUGGACUGGGAAAAAAAGGAAAAAACAGAAAAGAAAAAAAAGGCAUUUAUAUGUCUAGUAGAAGGAAUAAGCUUAUUUAUAUUAUAGUGUUAACAAAGUCUGAUGUAUUCAAGUGACUUACGUUAUACCGCAUGCAAACACACAAGUGUACAUUCCAUCUAAGAAGGGAUGCCAUGCUAUUUGGUUUGAAUAUCUAAUUGCAGUUGCUCUCUUUUCAGUAGAGCGUAUGCCAGAAAGACUGAGAGCUGGGAAUUGUUUCUUAGGGUGUUUUUUUUUUUUGUUUUGUUUUGUUUUGUUUUGUUUUGUUUUGUUUUGUUUUAAUGAAGAUUGUUGAUGAAAACCAAAAAAGUGUCCUGGAAAAUUAGAAUGCUUUCUGCCUGGGUGUUUCUAAGAGUCAGCAGCAAAGGGGCAAAAGCACUCUUUCACCCAAAGGUAUUCUGCUGGUAAAGGUAAUAGCACCAGUAAGAAAAAUCCCAUCUGAUUGAAAAGUGUGCAGUAGCUGUGCCAGUGUAACACAACUGACCAUUGGUUACAGCCUUGCAUUGAUUUGGGUUGGGUUGUUCUAUUUGGAGUUUGAAAAGACAAAUUCUACUUUGCCCAUAUUAUGUGAAAUACAAAUACAAUUCAAUAACGUGGCAUCCCCAUCCUAAAACUUUACACCAGCCAUGUAUGAACAUAACAGUAUCUAACUACUGUGUUGCAGUUGUGUUAUGUGCAUUAAGUGUGAAUAACAUGUAGCACAGUUUCUUUUCACAGAACCUUAAAUUCCCGUAGCUUUUACAAAUGUUUGCUUUUCAGUAUUUUGUAUAGUAAUAUAGGUGGUUUUGACUAAAUGCAUUAUUUAUUUAACAGCAAAAACUGUGCCAAGAGAACCCCUGUUAAUUAAAGUUUUUCUAGUUCAGAAAGUAUAUUUCCUUCUUCUUCUUGUGGAUUUCAGGGGCUUAUUGCAAUUGCUGUCAGUUCUUGCAGAUCCCACUGAUGAAAGAGCUUGCAUUAACAGUUUUGGGAACAGGAUCAGGCCAUAAGGUAUGGACUGGGUAUGCUUUGAUUUUAUACUUAAGCUAGCAAGUUUUGAAGGUAAAUUUCUUGUCCCUUACCGUUAGACCUGUGAGGAACUGAUUUUUCAGCUUGUUAUUAAUUCUGAAAACCAUUUAAAAAAUCAAAUAAAAAAUUAAGUUGCUCAAAACUGGCGGAAUCAAAAGUUUUAAUAGUUUCUGGCAGACCAAACAUUUAAUUUCUAAGAAAAAAAAAUCUGAGUAUAUUAUUAAUAUUUAAAUGUAAUUUCAAGUGAAAAAAAAUAGCUUUUUCAUUAUACUUUGGGGUUUUGAACAAAGCAAUUCAGCAAAACUAAGCUGAUCCCUAAAUUUGCACUAUUUGCUGAAGAAAGUGUCAACUGAAAAAUUUUGCUCACCUCUGCCAGCUGCAGCUUUUGGGAAGCCAGAUUUUUUAAAAGAAAGAUUGAUAAGCUCUUCUCACAACUCCAUGACCACCUAAUAUGAAGUAAACUAAGUUAAGGAUAGUGAAGUAAAAUCUCUCUUGCAGUGAAACCUUUGGCAAGAUUGCCAGAUUCCUACUGGCUCCAGCGUACCUAUAAUUUCAUUCCAGGAAUGUGGGUUUGAAGUCUACAUAAUGUGCAGGCAGUGAUUUCAGUAUUUAUUUUGUAUGCUUCUUACUGCUGAUAGGUCUGUGGUAGCUAAUAUUAAAUGGAAGUUUACUGUAGGAGAUCAAGCUGGUGAGUUAAUUUUGAUAGCAGUAAAUACUGUGCUUUAUACUCUUGUAUGUACUCAUAGAGGACCUCAAGGCACUUGAAACAACAUCUUUGAAACAUAGUCACAUUUUUUAGUCACUGUUAGAAAUUAAGACUCAGUUCUGCCUUUGGAUGAUGAAGUACAGGUUCUCCUGGCGUGUUGGCCCCUUAAGGCCAUAUCAAAUUAGUAAGCCACAUGUAUGACCUCUAUAACUGCCUUCCUACUCUAGUCAUCGUGAGCAAAAAACAGCAAAAUAUAGUUAGAGAAGUACCUUAAAAGACUGUGGGUGUGUGUAUGUAUGUGUGUGUGUAUCCUCUGGCAGAUGUUAGUGAAUGGCACAGGAUGGAGUCUGAUGGGGGUGAUCUUUCAUGAAGGGAUAAGCACUGUGUAUGCUCAACAGUCUACAAGUUGCCACAUAAAUACACGGAUAUGAUGAAUGCUUACUGUUCUGCAUAUGUCAUUGUGGACCUCAAUUAUUGAAUGACAGAUUUCAUUUUUAUUCCAAUUAACAGGAAAGUUAGGCCCCUUGGGGCCUAGAUUAUACUUGAGAAAAAUUUAUCAUGCUAGAAUAUUUGCAAAAACAUUCACCAUAAUUUUUUGCCUCAAGUACAGGCAAGAACAUUCAUGUUUGGAAACACGUCAGCUAAUCAAGUCUCACCUUUAAUUACCUUGGCGCAAUUCAUCAAGAUCUGAAAAUAUGUUCCUAAGCAUGACUUAAUCAUGUUUUAGCUGGGAACGAAGUCAUAUUCAGCAUUCUCUUAGCUGUCAGGCUGCUUUUUCUAAUUUGUUUGUUGUUUGGGUUUUUUCAAUCUACCAAGCAGAAACAUGUUUGAAAAUUCGUGAAAUAAAAAUGGAACUUCAUGUGUUUUCUAAAUAUCUUAUGGAAAGACAUCUCUCCUUUUCUGAUACACCUAGUAGCAAAACCAGCUUCAACUUAUCACAUCAUUUCUUUGCUAUGUGUAUUUUACAGAUUCUCCAUUGAUUUGACUUGGAGGGGACUGUUUUGAAAUGUUUUUUUGGCUUGUGUACAUUUUAAAUGAGCUAAUAGGAAGAGAUGUAGAGAAGCAAAUAACUUUAUAUUAAAAUUACUCACUAGACAUUGAACUCCAUCUUAUUUGAGUUUGGGAUUAUAGUUAUUAAAUAAUGAGGUUUUCAAUGUUGCUUUAAUUUACUUUGAUAUUUCUAUAUAAUUCUAGACAAUUCAAUCCUACUGAGCCAAAAGGAGAGAAAUCAUAUGGAUGAGGUCUUCUGAUUUCUUUGUUCUAAGCAACAUUACUCAAGGACCAUUGAGACUGAUUACUGUGAGGGUUAGCGCUGUGAUGAAAAACUGGCAAGGGAAGGAUGGCAAGAUUUGAGAAGUGUAGGCACAGCAUAAAUGCCUGACAGAGGGCUGAGGGGAGACAAAAAAAAAAAAAAGGUAGGAACAUAUUGUAUGGAGAAGCUAUAUUGAAUCUUUUAUGGUACAUACAUUGCUCAUAAACAGCAACAGUAUUUCACAGAAUGCUUUUCACUGGGAAAGCUUGAAAGACUUUCUAGAAGAGGUCAAUCUCUGUUGUGCAGUGGAAGGUGAAAGGAGGGAAAGCUGCAGAUGAUCACCACUAGGGCUGUGGCAAAAUAAGAAAUCAUGCCCCAGUUUCCUGAGUCCCUGUCCAAGCUGACAGGUGUUUUUUUUUUCAGAAGUGGAGGUGCUUCUAGAGAUGUUUUCAAUAUUCUUUAGAUCAUGGCUGAAUAGUAGCAUCAGUUCUUUUUCUGUUUGUUUACAAACACACAUAUGUUGGUCAAAUGUUACCCAAAGCUUUGAUAUCUGUCCUAAUUUUUCUAAAGAUUAAGCCUAACUGUGCCUGUGAAAUCUACUGACAAAAUAUAAUCUUUAUAUCACAGGAAAUGGCAGGCUGGACCUAUUGGUUGUCUCAUCAGCCUAAUAUUUUGGGGUCCGAGAGUAGGAAGUUCUAGACAUUUUGUAAGAAUGUUGAAGAUGUAAUAUUAAGGGGCUUCAUAAAUUUGCCCAUAGGCAAACAGUAGCAAUAUCUGGCAUAUUGGUAAUUAUGUGCACUGUGCCUUCUUGGUUUUAUCAUGUCUAUGAAGUGAGGUUUGUGUCUACCUUUGAGUGCCUAGUCCAUACAGAGAAAGCAGCCUGUAAUUGCUACCCACUAAGAGAUGUACUGCGUUUUUGAGAUUAUGGAUGGAGAUACAGGGUUCACAUCCUUCUGGUGCUGAGUGCUUAUUUUUGCACUUAAUCCUUCCCAUUCUGUUCUAUUUAUGAAGUAUAGCACAGUGAGGCUUUGUGAUUUUUUUAAUAAAACACCUAAAAACAUGGGCCAAAUUUGUCUUUGGCUUCAGAAAUGGAAGCCAGAAGAGCCCCAUGCAUGUCUUGGAAUUUGGACCUUCAAAUGCAAUUUGCUAUAUGAGUCACCGUGUUUUCUUGUACUAAUUUCAGAUAUUUGAUAAGCUCUUUUUAUGGUUUACAAGUUUUAAAAAGACAAAUAAAACUUUGUAGAUUAAAA